CAGCAUCAAGACUAUUUGCAGCAUGUCUGAAACUCUCGAACAAAGAUGACUUUCUCCGCCCAACCGAGAAUUAUUGGCAAUUUUGUAGAGGCAAAGGGGGGAAAAAAUAAACUCUGUGGCUGGAAAUUGAUUUGCUGCCGUCGUGCGUAGUUGUAGCGGGGAUAACACAGCCUCUCUUCUCGUCGACAUCGCUACUGGAUCUCCCUUACAUAUCGCGUUCCUCAGAGAGAACUUUCUUCGCAGUUGCAUCUGCCAACUUCCUCUCCCCCUCGCCCUCCUCUCAUCCGCAUCAGCUCUGCCAAAAAAAAGCGUCUCAAGGUCACGACCAUGACAGGUCCAGCAACGCCCGGGCAGGAAGGGCCCUCGUUCGCGCCGCCGCCGCUCCCCGAGGGCUGGAUCGCCCAGUGGGACGGCAUGGGCCGCAAGUACUAUUUCGUGCAGUUGUCGACGGGAGCCUCGCAAUGGGAGACCCCGACCCAGCCCGCGCCCACGGGCCCAACGCCCCAGGCUACGCCGCAGGGCGGGCUAGAUCACCCGUAUGGCACGCCGGAUCAGCAGCAGGGAGAGAUCAUCACGAAUCCGGAUGGGAGCCAGAGUCUGAGGCAUCCGGAUGGGAAGGUCGAGCCGCUGCCAGCCGACGGGGAGAGGGGUCUGGGGUCCUUUGCUAUGCAGCAGUUGAUGGGUGGCAAGAAGCAGGAUCAGGGUGGUUUGGCCGCCCUGGCUAGUCAAUUCCUGGGUGGUGGUUCAAAUCAUAACCAGAGCAGUGGCAGUGGCAGUGGUAGUGGUGGUGGAACUGGGUCACUUGUGAGCGCGUUGGCGGGCAGUCUGCUGGGCGGCAAGAAACCAAGCCAGCAGCAGCAGCAGCAAGAUUACUCGGGAUCACACAAUACGCAGCAUAGCCAGGGUGGAGGUUUUAUGCAGAAUUUGGGGACAAUGUUUGGCGGCCAUCAAUCAUCUUCGGGAGGAAAUUUUGGUUACUCCUCACAUAACAACCACCAAGGGGGUUACUCUGGAGAGGCUCCUCCAACCUCCUACCAACCCAGUGGCACAGCCCAUACUUCAUAUAACCCACCCCCUCAACACCACUCCUCUUACUCUCAGACUCAAAACACUCCCCAGCACCAAUCUUACAAUGCCCAGGGACAAACACCAUCUUACGGCCAAAAUUCUUACGGCGGCGCUCCCUCAACUGCACAACAGCCGCCUUACGGUGCCCCGCAACAAGCCUCUUACUCUCCUCCUUAUGGUGGGGUCCAACAUCAGAAUUCAUACGGAAGUGGGGCACCCCCGCAAUCUCACCAAUAUCCCGGUGCUCCUCCAAGCUAUGGUCAAAGCAAUGGCCCAGGAUAUGGAUCGCAUCAACCUCAACCACAGCAUUACCAAGGCUCGCAUAGUACUGAGAUGCCGGGUGGAUAUUAUGGCGGCAGUGGAGGCCCUGGUGCGCCGAAUGUACCGAUAGGAAGCCAUCCUCACCACGGGCAUCAUGGGGUUCCGCCUCCACCGCCUGGCGGGCCGCCUCAAGGAGGUCAAGGAGGGUACGGUGGCCAGCAGCAGCGGUGGUAA